AUAUAGUUAGCAAAAACUUUAAAUGUGAACCUCUGUUCACAGAAUUAUAACUCCCUCUUUCCGCGUAAAAAUCAGUAGGCGCUGUCAUGGCAGGUUUACAGGUUUUAGACGCAGGCUCGUUCAGGUUCUAGUUCAGGUAGGCUGACGUCAUUGAAGAGCGCGAGAGAGAAAAAAAAGCGGAUCUUUUCCUUCAGUCCGGUCGUCCGUGUGUGCUCUUCCUGUUGGGAAUGAUCGGUCACUGUACUCAAAUACAGCAAGAAAAAAGGGCUGGAAAAGUUGUGCAGAGCUAGGCUAAGUGGGAACAGCAGGAGAUCCCUGAGUUGGUGAGAUGGAGGAAGCAUAUGCUGAACUGUACCAGGAGUUUAUACGUCUAAGGUCACUUUGUCUGAGACAGGCAGCUCUGCUCCAUCAACUCACAACAGCCCUGCAGAAACAGCACGGUGCUUCUGUUCCUAAUGGAGAAGGGAAUGAAAUGAUUUCUAUCCCUGUCCAGUGCACCAAUGAAAUGCCUGUGUGUCUGUACAAAACGUGUGAUGCUGAUCACCUAUCCAAAAAUGGGGCGACUGCUUCUUGUCUCCUUGCUGAAAAUAUGUCAAAGCUCAGCGUGGAUGAGCCUUUUCAGAGAUGGCAAGAUCUGAAGGCAGAGAAAAUAGAUCCAUUCAUGUUAACUUUAGAGUCCUCGAAGCACCACGGAGGCUCUUCCUGCAAAUCAAAAACUCCAGGGCAAAAUCGUCCUGGUGAGGACAGGACUUUGUUUAAUGUAAGGAUGCCUGUGACUGACGGCACCUCUCUGACCGGCGACCUCCUCAGCUGUUCUGGUGGAGCACUGCUGUCAGACGUGGCUCUGCAGUCUCACGUGUGUGAGUUCUGCCAUGCGGUUUUUCCUGGAGACACAACCACAGGAGGAGAGUUCCUUCGGCAUCUACACACCCAUGUCACUUAAACAAAUUCUUCUUUCCAUUUGACUUUAUGACCUUUGCGGCGAUGAUGAUGAUGAUGAUGAUGUUUUAGCUAGAUAUGAAAGUUUUUCUUUUAGUAGCUGUUCACUUGAGAAAUAUUUAGUCACAAGUACAGUGCUCGUCUGUAGCCAUCAUUUUAUUUAUUCAUAACAGAUGGGUCUGAAUCACAUCUUUGGUAGGGAACAUCCAGCUUUGCUUUACCAGUUUUUAGUGAGACUUCAUCUUUUCAGUCAUGGGUGGAUGUAUGCAUGACCAGAUUUCAUUUAAGUAUUUUUAAACUGCUACUUGUACCAUGGUUGGCUCAGCCAUGAUAGCAUGCAUCAUGACUGUAAGUUUCCAACAUGGGAGCAGCUGUCCUUCAUACACACUGAUUGUGAUCCAACUCAGAUGUGAAGAAAAACCUCUGCCUAAUAAAUAAAUAAAUGCUCUUGCUUCUAUGUUCACAAGAAUAUAAGUUUUGUGGUAUUAACUCAAUUAAACAUUGUGAUAUUUUGUCAAAAAAUGCUAGAUUUUUCUACCUGAAAGUCUGAAUUUGAUUGUUGUGCUUGGACUAUUAAGAGAAAGAAAAAGGAAAUUACAUAUAAGUCGUUUUGUUAAUGCUUUAUGUAUUUGUAUGAUUUAUGGUAUGAGGUAUGGAGUGUGUGAGUUAAUGUUCAGAAACGGCUAAUAAAAAACAAGACAGAUAAAUCUUCACUUGAUGUGAUCCUACCUAAUCAACAGCAAAGCCAGUGUUGUUAAAAUAGGUUGAAAUGCCUUCAGACAUCAUGACAUGAUGAAUAUUUCACCUCUAAUUAAAUUAUCUUGGUUUUAGAUGUAAAUUCCAGGAACUGUUCAAGCUUGUUUGGUGAAAGGAAAAAAAAUCUCUCCCGUGUAUCACAUAUGGUAUUUAGAUCCUGGCAAUUUGGGAUUUUGAUUUAUUUGGAAAGACAUUAGGGCAUUUUGUCCUUUUCU